CUUCUUCCUCAUCACUAUACCAUGGAAGCUCUCAAGAACGUUUUUAUCAAAAAGCAGGAGGAGGGUGAGCCGGCUCUCGUCACUUUCGUGACGGCGGGGUAUCCCUCUCCUGCAGAGACCGUCCCUAUUAUGCUCGCUAUGCAAGAGGGAGGCGUCGAUAUCAUUGAGAUCGGUGUACCUUUCUCAGAUCCCAUAGCCGAUGGGCCGGCCAUCCAGGAAACCAACCAGGUCGCAAUCGAACAUGAAGUUACUUAUGCAAACUGUCUAGAAAUUGUCAAAGAGGCUAGGUCCAAGGGUCUCACUACCCCCGUUCUUCUAAUGGGAUACUACAACCCUUUGCUCGCCUACGGAGAGGAAAAGGCCAUUCAGGAUGCUCAUGACUAUGGUGCCAAUGGAUUCAUUCUCGUUGAUCUUCCCCCGGAAGAGGCUAUCUCGUUCAGGGAGAAGUGUACGAAGGCCGACAUCUCAUAUGUCCCCCUCAUCGCACCAUCGACGACUCUUUCGCGUAUCAAGUUUUUGUCGUCAAUUGCGGACACCUUCAUUUACGUCGUCUCGAAGAUGGGUACCACCGGCUCUUCAGACAAGGUCGCCAUGAACUCUGCUCUCCCAGACCUCAUCUCUCGCGUCAGAGAGUACGCUCAGGUCCCAAUCGCUGUCGGUUUCGGGGUUUCAAACCGUGGACAUUUCGAUACCGUCGCAGAUGCAGGCGCAGAUGGUGUCGUCAUUGGCAGUCGUCUUGUGUCCGUCAUCAAGCAAGCUCCCAAGGGAAAGGUCGCUCAAGAGGUCGAAGCCUACUGUCGUCAAAUCAGCCUUAAGGGACAACCACCCCGUCCCAAGCGAACCAUCAGCUCGGCGAGCACGCCACGCACCAACAUCAAUGCUACUGGACCUCCACCGUACAAUACCGAAUCUGAGCCCACGGUUCUUCCUCACCGGUUUGGUCAAUUUGGUGGCCAGUACGUUCCGGAGGCGUUGUUCGAUUGUUUGGUGGAGUUGGAAGCGGCACACAAGGCUGCGAUGGACGAUCCGGAGUUCUGGAAAGAGUUUGAGGGUCUGUUUGGGUACAUGAACAGGCCGUCGAACCUCUAUCUCGCGGAGAGACUGACGGAGCAUGCUGGUGGUGCUAAGAUCUGGAUGAAGCGCGAAGACCUGAACCAUACUGGCUCACACAAAAUCAACAACGCAAUUGGGCAGAUUUUGCUCGCAAGACGUAUAGGCAAGACACGCAUCAUCGCAGAAACUGGUGCGGGGCAACAUGGUGUCGCAACUGCGACGGUUUGUGCGCGCUUUAACAUGGAAUGCAUCAUUUAUAUGGGCGCCGAGGACGUCCGCCGUCAGGCGCUCAACGUCUUCAGGAUACAAAUGCUCGGAGCUAAGGUCGUUCCCGUACACUCCGGCGCCAAUACCCUCAAAGAUGCGGUGAAUGAAGCAAUGCGUGACUGGGUCACCAAUCUUUCCAACACGCAUUACUUGGUCGGCUCUGCUAUCGGCCCACACCCUUUCCCGACGAUAGUCAGGGACUUCCAAAGGGUCAUCGGCAAGGAGAUCAAGCUUCAACUCCAGGAGUUGAGAGGUAAGUUGCCUGACGCCGUUGUAGCAUGCGUUGGUGGCGGAAGUAACGCUAUCGGUACCUUCUUCGACUUCAUCGGUGACAAGAGCGUUCGCCUGAUCGGUGUCGAGGCCGGUGGUGAAGGUCUUGAUGGCGAAAGGCACAGCGCUACUCUUUCCAAGGGUCAGCCUGGUGUACUUCACGGCGUGCGGACGUACAUUCUUCAGUCCCCAGUCGGCCAGAUCAUCGAGACUUACUCGAUUAGCGCUGGUCUUGACUAUCCUGGUGUCGGUCCCGAGCACGCCUGGUUGAAGGACUCAGGCCGAGCAGAGUAUGUCGUCGCAACUGAUGAGGAGGCCUUGAAGGGCUUCCGUAUGUGCACGCAGCUCGAGGGUAUCAUUCCUGCCUUGGAGUCGUCGCACGCCGUUUGGGAGGCUGUCCGUCUCGCGAAAACGCUGCCUGCCGAUAAAGACAUCGUAGUUUGCUUGUCCGGUCGCGGAGACAAGGAUGUUGAGCAGAUAUCCGAACUACUUCCUGGAAAAUGGGCGGACAAGUUGGACUGGCACAUCGCCCCGUGAAAAUGCGGUUACACCAACGAAGUAUAAUAUGUUGUAUGUACCAUCAUGACACGAGAACGAGGCCAUGUAGUAGUAGCACUGUGCAGCACUAUAUAGAAUUCUUGUAACGGAGCUUAAAGCUCAGCG